AGAUUUCAAAUUCUAUGAGUAAAUGUAGGAUAAAUUUCAGAUUCAUACUGACAUCAAGAAUCUAAAGAAAAUUUUGAAAUGUUUUGGUGCUAGUUGUGUUAUAAUUUGUUGGAUAUAUUUCAAAAGCAUAUUCAAGAUGACGUUUCUGGUGUGCAUGCUGGCACUUCUCUACGUUGUUGAUGCUGAAACUAUAUGUUCAGAUGGCAAAGCAUGCCCAGAAGGUACCAAAUGCUGUACCACACACGAAGGCGUAAUCCAAUGCUGUGAUCUUGACGAUUCUUUUUCGGAAUACGUAAAAACCAAGAAAUCUCUCAGAGUCGUCCCUUCAAACCCACCUCACCUCUUCACGAAUGAGUCUGACUCACAGAAUGCAUUCAGCUACUGCUACGAAGAUAUCAACUGCAAACAAGGAACUUGCUGCGGUAGCAAUUGCUGCCCUCAUAAGUAUGCAAAGUGCUGUCAGUCCGGAUGCUGUAAAUUUCUUCAGAAAUGCUGUCCUCCUGUAAAAAAGAACGGCAGGGAAUGGUGUUGUGAAAGUGGUGAACGAUGUGGUACAUACAUUGAAGAUAUCUGUUUGGAUAAAGGCUCAUCUUUGGCACCGCAAUUCAUUAUGGUACUCGUCUUUGCGAGUAUGAGAAUAUGGUUAUUAAAAUUAUGAUUAAUAAAAUGAUAGUUUG